GGUACGUGGACAGAGCAACAGCAAUCCUGGCACGUAAAUCAAAAAGAAAUGUUUGCAGUUUACGGGGCAAUCGUACACGAACAGCUUUAUAUACGAAAUGCCCAGAUUCUUCUGCAAACCGACAAUCGGACAGUGGUCUCGUAUAUAAACAAGGAGGGAGGAACAAAAUCGAAAAAGCUCCUGAAACAAACCCAACAACUGUUGACGCUCCUGGACAAUCAAAAUGUGCAUUUAGUAGCUCAGUACUUUCCCGGCAGAUUCAAUUGCGAAGUGGACGCUCUAUCUCGACAGAAAGUUUGUCCCGAAUGGCACCUGACAGCAACUGCAACCGAGCCGAUAUUCCAAAUGUGGGGCACACCAGAGAUAGAUCUUUUUGCGUCCAAAACGGCGCAUGUGGUAGAGAAGUAUGUGUCGAUGGACGUUUUGGACGAGGACGCCCACCGUCUCAAUGCAUUUUGUCACCAGUGGCAGUACAAAUUGGCAUGGAUCUUUCCUCCACCGAGUCUGAUCCCCAGGGUACUGCAACACCUGAACCAGGCCCAGGGUCAGUACAUACUGAUUGCCCCGAGGUGGGACAAAGUGUUUUGGCAGGCCGAUGUUCGCCACCGUGCUCUUCGGCCUCCAUACACGAUUCCGGACUUACCACACGUUCUCCUGGACACGACGACGGGAACUCACCCUCCACAAGUCAAAGACCUGCAGCUGGAGGCUUGGCUAAUUUUGGGUGGCAAGAAAUGUUGACCGACUGGACGGAGGAGGAACAGAAACUGCUCAUGUCAAGUUGGCGAGCAUCAACAAUUAAAACAUACAGACCAGCGUGGGACAGAUGGAAAAAGUGGUGUGAGUCGAAUUCUAUUAACUUUAAAUAUCCAAAUGCCGAUCAAGUUGCACGUUACCUUGCCCAUUUACAUUGUGACAUAGGUCUCUCAUAUAAAACUAUUUUAGUCCAUAAAUCGGUUAUCUCUACAUUUACGCAUUUAACGUCUCACCUUGAUUUAUCUUCUAAUUUCUUUAUUAAACAUAUACUAAAAGCUAUAUCAGUAGCUCGAGAAACUCCCUCUAAGCCUCCGAUAUGGAAUCCAAGACAAUUGAUAGUCCAUAUAGGUGUAUAUAAUUUAGAUGAAAAUAAUUUAUAUCAAGUAUCACGGCAUACAGCUACACUUUUACUGCUGGCUUCUGGCCGUAGAGUUCACGACCUUACUUUGCUGCGCGUGGACAAUCAAAGAUUGAUUGACGAAGGUAAUACAAUGAUUUUAUGGCCAGUAUUUGGUUCUAAAACUGAUAAUUAUAAUUAUAGACAGUCAGGAUGGAGAAUAAAGGCUCAUCCAAUUAAAAGGUUAAAUAUUAUAUUUUGGAUAAAACGGUUGAUUGACUUAGGUGCAGGUCGAAGGAAUAAUAUAACCCACUUAUUUAUUACCGCCAGAGGUGAUGUUAAACCUGCCUCCAGGACAGUUAUAGGGAAUUGGGUUAAGUCUCUGCUAUCUGAAGCUGGAAUUCAAGCCACCCCUGGCUCUGUAAGGUCGGCUGUGGCUUCUCUUAAUUUUGUGGAACAAUUCCCUAUAGAUCAAAUUCUUAAAACUGGUAAUUGGAGAUGUGCUCACACUUUUAAAAAUUAUUACCAAAAGGAAAUAAUUAAUUGUAAUAAUGCAAAUCAGUCAGUUUCAUUAUCUAAUUAUUUUGAUCCUGUAAAUUAAAUUGAUUAAUAUAAUAUAAUUGUUAU